CGGGCUCUGCCGCGAGUUUGCUGGUAGGCUUCACCGUGAUCGGAGGGACCGUGACAUGGCGGGACUGCCCUCCCAGGGCCCUGCACCCGUCAUCGGCCUCUACAACACUGUCCUGGCUUUCUUGGCUGGCCUUGUGUCGUCCCCGAGUCUGGCUGGCCUCUCCUGGCCCGUGGCAGAGUUCUCGGUGCCAGGGGGUGGUGACUGCCUACCACAUCUGCUCUGGAACUCGGCUGAGCACCUGGAGUGGCUCCAGGGGGCAGUCCUGAGCCUGCGGCUGCCCGACUGGCCGCUGCCAGCCGUGGGGGCUCCUUGGAGCCAGCUGGUUGCCUCCAUCUUCCAGUACGUAUCUCAAAUCCCAUGGUCCCGCCACAGCCAGCCACUCCUUAUGUCCCAGUUGGAGAACCUUUUGGAGAGGCUGCGUCAGGACUGUGUGGGCCGAGGUGGGGGGCCGGACAAGGAGCCCACUUUCUGGGAGGUGCCCUGGGACGAAAUUGUCAUGCUCUGUGUAGAGCACCAACUCCGGGACUGGAACCCUCCUGGGUGCCCCGUGAGUGAAGAUGUCAUCAGUGACGACGGAGAAAUCUCGGUGUAUUUCCUGAGCGAUGGGCUGCAGGGCUUCAUACCGCCGUCCUGCUGGGUGGAUGCCGUAAAGCAGACGCACAGGGACAAGCAGCAGGGGAAGGCAGGGUGUCACCAGAGCAUGUGGCCUCAUCCUCGACUGGCCAGGCCACGUCUUCAACAGAAGCUGUUUCACAGCAUGGUUGAGGACCCUGAGUCCGGAUCCGGUGUUGCCCCUGUUUUGGAUGCUGCCUCCAGCCCCCAGGACCUCCUGGCUCGCAUUGAGGAGGAGAAAGAACAGAGCCGCAGGUUCGAGGACCAGCUGCGUACCUGGCUUGACGUCGAGUCCCUGGGCCCUUCCUCUUCCUCCUCACCACUUUUCUUGCCUUCUUCGUUACUGUCUGUACCGGAGAUCGUAGUGCCCUCCCCAAAGAUGGCUGCCCCACCUGCACUUGCCCUGCAGAAGGAGCGCAGUGUCCGCAGUGACCAGGCCAGGGGAGCUGCCAGUUUGUAUAUUUCCGCAGAUGUGACACAGGCGCGGAUAUAAUUUCCCAGGCCGAAGGACGCCGAAAUCUACCGCGCUGUAAGAACUCUGUUUCGACUUUUGAAGGCCGUAUUUUUGGGCUUUUUACACAAUGAAUCCGUCUGGGCUUUUCGGCAGAACACAAGGCGGAGCGUUUCAGUCUCCGCGCGCCCCGACCUCGGGGCUCUUUUCCUUCGGCCAGCAGAACGCCCCUUUCGUGCAGCCGCCUGCCCUCGGCCAGGGCACCGGCCAGACCUCGCUCUUCAGUACAUCGUCUGCCUUCGGCCAGACCGGAUCCCUUUUCGGGCAGCCUGGCGGGACGGCGUCUGGACAGGCCCCGACCUUCGGCAUGCCCGGUUCUGGGAGUCAGACCCCGUCGUUUGUACAGAGCGACACCAGGUUCGGCCCGCCGCCCUCCUUCGGGCAGCCGGCCGGGGUCGGUCAGAGCUCUGUCUUUAACCAGAACUCGGCUUUUCCCCAGACCUCUGCCUUCGGACAGACCGGCGGAUUUGCUCAGCACACACCCGGCUUCGGCGGCUCUAACGCUAUCUCCGCCUCCUCUGUUCCCCCCUCCUCGGGGUCUAGUCAACCACUGAGAUUCGGACAGUUGUCCACAGGGUCUUCUUCGGUAUUCUCCCCUGGAAGCGUUCAGGGCCGCGGAUUUAGCACCUCAGAGUUCAGCUUCAAGCCGUCAGACGCAGCUGUGUUCAAACCUAUUUAUAGCGCCAGUCCUGAACCGGCUGUGUCCCAGGCUGUGUCCGAGUCUUUUGGUUCCAGCCCAUCCAGCACCACCGCUACCAGUAUGGACAGCAGUGGGCCUGCUCCUGCUGCCUCUGAGUUCCUUUCUGGAGCAUUAGGUUUUAGCUUCUCACAGCCCAUCGCAGUGUCCAGCAGCAUCCUCCCCACCAAAGAUGCACAUCCCAGCACCACCCAGGAGUUCAGCUUCUCGAAACCAGCAGCACCCUCCGUUGGUGCUGGCAGUGGCCUGGGUGGGGGGACCUCCCAGGCCGCCUCUGUCUCCAGGUACUCUGCCUCUAGCCUCCAUGAGCCCCGGCCACUGUUUGGUGCUGUCAGCU